ACUGGCACAUCGGGCUGGACUCCGGGCAGAGGCACAUCGGGCUGGACUCCGGGCAGCGGCACAUCGGGCUGGACUCCGGGCAGCGGCACAUCGGGCUGGACGCCGGGCAGCGGCACAUCGGGGCUGGACGCCGGGCAGAGGCACAUCGGGCUGGACUCCGGGCAGAGGCACAGGGCCCCCAGGAGGAGCGGCAGGCACAGGGCCCCCAGGAGGAGCGGCAGGCACAGGGCCCCAGGCGGAGCGACAGGCAUCGGGCCCCCAGGCAGAGCGACAGGGCACCGGGCCCCCAGGCGGAGCGACAGGCACCGGGCCCCCAGGCGGAGGGCAGGCAUCGGUCCCCCGGGCGGGGCGUCAGGCUCCGGGCCCCCAGGCGGGACGGCAGGCACCGGGCCCCCAGGCAGAGCAACAGGCACCGGGCCCCCAGGCGGAGCGGCAGGCGCUGGACCCCCAGGAGGGGCAGCGGGCACCAGGCCCCCAGGCGGAGCAACGGGCACCGGGUCAUCAGGCACGACAGUGGGUUCCGAGUCAACUGGCAUGACCGCGAGCACUGAGUCAGACAUUGGAUCGUCUGGCUCGACAGCGGGCAUCGGGUCACCAGGCAUCAGGUCAUUUGGCUCG